AUGGCGUUCGUAUCUCUGCUGCUGUCGGCUACGAAGCUCGCAGGUGUACUGGGGACGAUUACCGUGGCGGCGAACGUCUUCUCCUACUCGCGCUUCCGGAAGCGGAACCUGCGCCCGUUCCGGUCGCCCAUUGAUGAGUCGGCUGAAGUUCUUGCUGAUUUCAAUGCCGUCCCAGGCGCCGGUAACGGCCUCCGGAGCCUCGAAGGCCAUCUCGGCCCUUAAAAAUUUCAGCAUGAACUCCUUAUGGACGCCUUAGUAUCAUUUUUGUCUCUGAUUCCAGUAGAAUUCGGGAUAUUUUUGGAUUCAAAAUCCGGAAGGUUUUGCAGUUAUUUCUAUGCUUGAGUGUUUUGUGCUUGCUUUUACGUACGAUGAUGCCUCGGAGGAUCUCCCUGGUUAAAUGGACUCCUUGAUCCUUUUGUGCUAAUGCAUAUUAGAUAUUUUAGAAUGCCAUAAAUGUUAAGUCCAGACAACUCAAGGGUCCUUAUCAGGAGAGUACUGGGUUGUAGAUGACUAAACGAAGGGUUGAAAAACUUGAAAACCUCGUUCCAGUUUUUUAAUUUUUUUUCUUCUCUUGAUUUUUUUCUCGUUUUUUCCUUUCAGAGAAUGAUGAAAGGUUCUUCUUUGGAUUGGCCACUGCGCCAGCUCAUGUUGAGGACAAGCUCAAUGAUGCCUGGCUUGAAUUUGCUGUGGAGAAACCCUGCGGAACUUCUGACCAUACUGAGAAUGAAACGCCUGCUGAUGCAUCAGCUUCUUCUACUGGUGGUGAAGUUGGAUUCCAAGAAGCUCCUGUACCCAUGGAUGAACCUGGAAACACGGUUGUAAAGAUCAAGAAACCUGUUAAGCUAGCAAUGGAGGCCCUCAUCAGAGGGUUUGAGAAGUAUACUAAUGGUGAUGAGGAAGAAGAUUCCAAGGACACAUGCGACCACAAUAUUGCAGCAUGGCACAACAUCUGCCGCCCGUAUGUAGCAUUUUUGACUUUGAUCUUAGAGAAACGCAGAAAAUAACGGACUGCUUCCAUUUUUAUUUUGUUUCAGAGGGGAGAGACUAAGAUUCUGGUCUGAUCCUGACACUGAAUUGAAGCUUGCAAAAGAGACUGGCGUUAGUGUUUUUCGGAUGGGAAUAGAUUGGACAAGGAUCAUGCCCAAGGAACCGGUUAACAACCUAAAUGACAGUGUAAGAUUUUCAUGACCUUUUUUCGCAUUAGUCUACUUUUAUGGAUUCAUCGGACACUAAUGUUUGCAGAAAACUUAAAGACUCGUCAUAAAUAUAUGGCGUGAUGACAUUUGGUUUAUGACAAAUCUUUGACAAAUCUUCUUGUGACACUUUCCUCUUAUCUAUGUUUAUUUAUUAUAAAACUAAAGCCUGAAAUUUUUUCCCUUAGAUUAAUUUCGCUGCACUGGAGAGGUACAGAUGGAUAAUAGAAAGAAUUCGUUCAUAUGGAAUGAAGGUGAUGCUCACAUUGUUCCACCAUUCGCUUCCACCUUGGGCUGGUGAAUAUGGAGGAUGGAAAUCAGAGAAAACUGUUGACUAUUUCAUGGAUUUUACAAGGUGAAAAUUCGACUUUGAAACAAUGGGUAUAUAUUAUUUAUUUGAAGUUUUGCUUUAUCUUUAUCAUUUUGACAGCCAUUGGAUUUGAAGUAACGAAUUUUGACUUUAAUCAUAUGGAUUCGGGAUAUAGGCUCUUUCAAGACCGAAAGCCAAUAGUACCAUGCAUAAUCAUCACGAGUCAAAUAUCUCAUUGUAUCCAAUCCUAGCCAUGAAUGAAUAGAGUAUACUUUCGUUAUCUUUCGUAGACAGGCAGUCAGAUUUUGUAUUACUCUUGUAAAUAGUAAGCAUAAUGGAUAUUAGUCUUUGCGACUUCCCCAGCAUGAUUCUUUAGCAACGAUUCGUCUCACUAUUGUAUUGCUUCGUGCCACUAUGGUGUUGGUUCUUACCUUUUCUUUAAGAUGAUAUUUAUGUGGACCUAUGUGUCAAUUAAUUUGGCAUUUUGUGACAUAACGUUUGACACCAAAUGUUUAUUUGUCUGAUUGGGUGUGAUAUUAUUUCUGUGUUAGUUUUCACAUUUGUUGGAACCUCUGUUGUGUUUUGUUUUGGAUAUUUUCAUAGGAGAAGGUUUGGGUAUGUUAACAAUGAUCUUGCAACCACAAUCAUAUGUGAUACAUCUAGAUUUCAGUAGGAAGCGAGAUUUCUCAACAAUGAUUCAAGUGAGACCCAAAAUGAAAAAAUGGAUGAUGAGAAAAAAGAUAAAAAAAAUUGAGCUAGAGGAAAGCUACUUGUCUUGAGACAGCCAAAGGAAAUGGAACCCGCAUGUGAAAUUACAAAGCCACAGAAAGAGCAGGCUCGUUUCUUUGAGCUGAAUCUUUACAUAUCUUUGCUGAUCACGGCAGCUAAAAUCCGUUGAAAUCAAAUAAAUAGAACUUAAUUGGCACAAAUGUGACAAAGGGAGGGCGAAUAUUAGAUAAUUAGUAAAGAACGUUACUGAUGAGGGAUAUCUGGUUCAGUGGAGAAAUAUGGUGUGAGUAAGACCUUUCACGUGCAGUUUGUGUCUAAAAAACUGAAGUUCAGGCAUAUUUUGUGACUAUAAGAGCGACUGCUGCUAAGUACCUUCAGCAUUAUCCUUGCGAGUUGGCAAUGGUAAUGUUCAGUCCUCAGCAAGAAGGCUUGAACAACCUUGUGUAAUGCCGUACAUCCUUUUAUGAUACAACACACUCAAUGUACUAGGUGUGAAUCAUCCUGAUUCUCUACUGGGAUGAAACCAGUAUCCAAAUACGGGCCACCAAAGUGUAGUAUCCCACAGCAUGUCACCAGAAGAAUUUAGAUAUAUUUUAUGAGUCCGAUCAAGCAACACAGGGUUAAACUCUGAGGUUCUGCAAGAUGAUGAAUUGGGUAGCCCACUACAUUUCGUAAGUCUUAUGCAUCCAUACUUAUCUAUUUUGAUUACUAAUGUUGUGAGACCUGAGUUCGCAGCCCUUCUUUCAUACCGAGUUUUUACCAUGUGCCUGUGCAUAUUUAGUCGUGGGUUAUAGGUCUCUGUAAACUAUCCUUGGGGUUUAUUAGUCACUAUAAACUUGUCCCUGACAGACAAGAAACAGAAAAAAAAAUGAAAUCCUUUCAGAGAUAUUUGUUGUCGUGUUGGAUUAUUAUUAACGUCUGAUGGUUGCCUUUCUAGUUUUCCAUUAUAAUGGAUAAUGGGGAAUCGUUGAUGAAAUCCGAUUCGGUGCUUUAUAUUUUAUGCAAAAUCUGCUUAUAUAGGAAAGCCCUUCACACAUGCAUAUUAGCUCUUUUCCACCAGUAACAAAAAAGAUUCAUAGUAUUCUUCUUUCUGUAAGUGCAGAUGUUCCUACUGAUUUGGGUUCUAAAAGAGAAGCUCCGAUUUGUCCCUUCACACAUACACUAUGAUGUAUUUCCCUCAGAAUCGGUGUGGAUUCAUGUUAUAUAAACUUAGUAUCAUCUGUCUACAACAGUGUAUUUUUUCUUCAAAACUUUUUGUCAUCAGUUAUUUAGAGAAUCCUAAGAAAGUUGAAAAUAUGUCAUCGGUUAGUAUCAACUGGACUGUAGUUGGAAUUUCAAUACCGUUAAGACCAUUAAUGAUUGAAUUAUCAGUAAUGAUUGAUUUCACUUACACAGAAAAAAGUUAAUCAUGUCAUUUCAUUGGGAGUUUCCCACUUGACUCUUAGAAAUUCAUAGAAACCACUGAAACCCACGGCUGACGAGAUUUAAAGCUGAAAUAAUUCUCAUUCUUAAAACCCAGUCUUAAAUUCAUGUGGGAAAAAAAUAAUAAUUUUAAAAUUAUUUCAGCCUCUGUAUCUCAAUCGAGAUAAUUUUUUAUUUCUUCUGGGAGUUCUCAUUUUAGAGUGAAACUGUUAAUCCUAUAGUGUCAAAAGGAAAAGGUUUGACAAAUGAGAAAAUACAGAUACUCUUCCUUUCCAUGUAAAUUUUCAAUGGAUGAACAAGAUAUGUGGCCAUUGUUGACAAAUUAAGAGAUUGACGAAUAAAUUAAGAAAAAUGAAAGUACAUUUCUGUUGUGGUUUAAUAGUGUUUCAAUUUAUACAAAUUAUGAUCAUUCUUUUCAGCCUAUUCGUUUUAUCUGCAAGCCAAUGCUUUCCCCCAGCCAUUUUGUGAAUUUCUCUGAUGAUUCAGUGUUGUGAUAAUCCAGGCUUGUUGUUGAUCGAGUCUCAGAAUUGGUUGACUACUGGAUCACCUUUAAUGAGCCUCACGUAUUUUGCCUGCUUACAUAUGCCGCUGGUGCAUGGCCUGGUGGAAAGCCUGAUAUGCUCGAGGCUGUCACAUCGACUCUACCAACUGGAGUUUUUAAUCAAGCUAUGAACUUAAUGGCUGUUGCACAUUCGGAAGCAUAUGACUAUAUUCAUGGAAAAAGGUCUAAAUUCAAUAAACCAUUAUAAACGUCUACAAUUAUCUAUGUCAAGUUUACCUUUGCCUCAUAAAAUUUUCUUGAGUCUCAUCAAUAGUUGUGUUUGAUUUUCAUCAAGAGCAGAUCAAAGCAGAGAGUUGGGGUUGCACAUCACGUGUCAUUUACACGUCCAUAUGGACUCUUUGACAUUGCUUCUGUUUCAUUGGCUAAUUCACUGACCCUUUUCCCCUACAUAGACAGCAUCUCCGAUAAGUUAGACUUCAUUGGAAUGAACUACUAUGGGCAGGUAUGUUUUAGUUUCUGGAAAUCAUGGAAAAAUUUUCACAGUAAUUUAGUGAACCUUGUCCUAAUUUAGUUAAUGAUGAACAGGAAACAUUUUCAGGGCCGGGUUUGAAGCUUGUGGACAGUGACGAAUAUAGUGAAUCAGGAAGGGGCGUUUAUCCUGAUGGUCUGUACCGUAUGCUACUUCAGUUUCAUGAAAGAUACAGGCACUUGAAGGUGCCCUUCAUUAUUUCCGAGAAUGGAGUUUCUGAUGAAACUGACUUGAUACGGGGGCCUUACCUGCUGGAGCAUUUGUUAGCUGUGUAUGCAGCUAUGACCAUGGUAUUCAUUUGCAUCAGAAAUCUCUCCCCUUUCUUUUUGGAAACGAGCGUUUUAGUUGCAUAGGGAACAUCGUUUUAUGGAUUAAUAUGCCUAUCUUAUACGUUUUGUAGGGCGUCCCUAUACUUGGUUAUCUGUUUUGGACAAUCUCAGAUAACUGGGAAUGGGCUGAUGGGUAUGGUCCCAAGUUUGGACUUGUAGCAGUCGAUCGUGUCAAUGACCUUGCUCGCCAUCCCCGCCCUUCAUACCAUUUGUUUUCCAAGGUAAACAUUGACUAUUAAUUUUCUUCAUUUUACACAAUUGCCUUGUUUAUGAAUAAGUUUAAUUUUUCGCACAAUCUCUUGUUAAACUUGAAGACAAAAGAUGGUACUUGUACUAUUCUACAUACUUAUAUAUAUAUAUAUAUAAAUAUAUUUCUUUCAAACAGAUCAAUUAGGCCUGUGGUUCUCUUUCUGACAAUAUUUUGUGAAAAACCGCUGUGUGAAUUUCGGCUUCCGUUGAUCUGUUUUUCUGUUGCUUCCUUGUAUGGGUCACCAAUACGUCCAUGGCCAUUAUGGCCAUUCCAUGGUUUUCCGAGAUACAUUUUUAACCAAGUAAGCCUUUUGAAUUUUUUGUCUUUCAGGUGGUGAGUACAGGUAAGGUUACCAAAUCAGAUAGAGCUCGUGCUUGGAAUAAACUUCAACGUGCUGCUAGAGAACAGAAGACAAGGCCAUUUUACCGGGCUGUUGAUAAAAAUGGACGCAUGUAUGCUGGUAUGUUUCGAAAUAUCAGAUAAUCAUGUAGCUAUCAAACUGGCAUUUCGGGUAUUAACAUUUUCAGUACCCUGUCUUCUUUUUCUCAUCCCAAAUCACCUCAUUAUUUAGAACAGCACUCGCGUUUCUGACUUGUCAUUAAUAGUCGUAGAUGUCUGUAACAUGUCGCAUUUUCUGCAUAUACUUUCAACUACGCAUUUGUACAUGAGGACGUGUUUCUGGGAUCCUAGACCCAAUGACAGAUCCUUUGUUUUGACUUUCCUGUUUAGUUUACCUACUCAUGCUCUCAUGUUCUAUGUAUUGGGUGUUCUGCACCUAAGUACCUCUUGAGAAAUGACAGACCAAGACCUUCUUCGAAAUGUGUGCGGUACGAGAAAGAUUCUCUCUCCACCAGAGCUCCUCCCCAACAUUUCAACCCCUUCCUCUCUCUCUCUCUCUCUCUCUCUCUCUCUCUCCUUCCCCCUCCCCCUCCCUCUUGUGAAUGAAGGAAUGCGACAUACGCAAUUCCAGUGGAAAGGAGGUAUUGGAGUCUGAUUUUUUCUGAUUGUAUCUAGAUUCUGUUCUUAUUUAAUCGUUUGAUAGGUAGAGUCAACACAUAUAGUAAUUUUUUUCUCCUGUUUCAUGAAACAUGAUGGCUCAGGUUUCUUACAUGGGUCAUCUUCAACAUCUUCAGCGAUUGAAGCUCCAACCUCCCCAUUAUUUUCAUUAGCAGCCUCAGUAAUGAGACCUUGGAAUCUUUCCCAGAUCCAUUCGGGAUAAUACCAGAAAUAGGAAACUAACCCAAAACCCAUUCAUCGGGGACUUCUUUUCCCAGAGAAAAAGUUAAUAAGUGGGGAGGGGGUGGGAGCUGCUGCAUGGUGAUGUUACAUAACCUGAUAUACUAGCAGCAUUAUAUAAAGAGAAUUGUAUUUGAUACUUAUGGAUCUUAUUAUUUUUCUUUUUACAGGUGGACUUGAUGAGCCUACUUGGCGGCCUUUUAUCCAAAGAGAUUGGCGGUUUGGUCACUAUGAGAUGGAUGGAUUACAGGACCCUCUCAGCUUCCUGUCGAGGCUUGUACUCACACCAUUCUUGCGGAGGAAGAAGCAAGACGAAUAUCAGUGGGAUGACUCUGACGAUAUGCUUCUUCAGCCAAUUGCGAAUUAA